AUGGAAGACAAUAAAACCCUAAUAAAACAACAACCACAACCAGAGCUUGAAGCCGACGAAUUCCGAGAAGAGUUCAAAUGCUGUGUUUGCCUGGAUCUUCUUUACAAGCCAGUUGUAUUAGGCUGCGGCCACAUUUCAUGUUUCUGGUGCGUCUUCAAUGCCAUGAAUGCUGUUCGUGAGUCCUAUUGUGCAGUUUGUCGGCGCCCAUAUAAUCAUUUUCCUAGUAUCUGUCAGUUGCUGCAUUUCUUACUCCAGAAGUUGUAUCCCAAAGCAUAUAAGCAACGGGAAAAACAAGUGAGAGAAGAGGAAAAGGAAUUUGGUUACUUCUCACCUCAAUUUGAUAAUCCAAUAUCUGGAUCACAUCCUACUGAGGAGUCAAAUAUUCUGGACAAUGUUCAGUCAAAGAACUCUGAAAGUUGUUCGUCUGGGGUAGGAGGAUCUCCUUCACUUGUAAAUUCACCAGAAACUACGUUAGAUGAUGAAGCUAAUAGUAAAAGGCCUACAACAUCUUUAAAGAAUGUUGAAGCUACUGGAAAAGCGGCCAUCAAAGAAGACUGUUUGCAUGAUAGUGGUCCUGAAAAUGGAACUCACAAUAAGGUUUCUGUUUCUGAUCUACUGUGUGCUGCAUGCAAGAACCUGCUCUUUCAACCUGUUGUUCUCAAUUGUGGCCAUGUAUAUUGUAAAUCCUGUAUCAACAUCCCAGUUGAUGGAGUUUCCAGGUGUCAUAUUUGUCAAAGCAUGCAUCCGAAUGGAUUCCCUAGUGUUUGCUUAAUUUUAGAACAUUUCUUGGAGGAGCAAUAUCCUGAAAUAUAUGCACAGAGACGAUCAUCUUCAAUAAAACAAGCUGAUUUGCAUGCUCAUCAACGUGCUGGCCAGCCAGUGUCAACGCUUUCUGACGAUUACUUAUCCGGCUGGUCUGGGAUUGGGCAGAAAGUUCAUUUUGCAAUUGGUUGUGAUUGCUGUGGGAUGUCUCCAAUUAUUGGGGAGAGGUACAAAUGUAAAGACUGCGUGGAGAAAAUGGGUUUUGACCUAUGUGGAGCAUGCUAUAAUGCUCCUUUUAAGAUCCCUGGACGAUUCAAUCAGCAGCAUAAACCAGAGCACGUGCUUGAGCUUGUACCACCACAGAUAAUACCUGUGCUUCACUACCAGUCAGAUGAAGAUGGUGCCGAAUUUCAGGAAGACCUAGAAAAUAUCCCCGCUGCUCCCAUUCCACAAGAUCUUGAGCUUGUACCACCGGAGAUAAUGGCUAUGCUUUCCUACCAGUCAGAUGAAGAUGGUGCCGAAUUUCAGGAAGACCUAGAAAAUAUCCCUGCUGCUCCCAUUCCGCAAGAUCCAGAAAAUGGCCCUAACAUUGUGCCAAAUUUUUGUCCUGCCUUUGUAAUGUCAGUUGAUAACUUAGAUCCAGAUGAUGAUUCUGAUGACGGUGCUUCACCGGAUGUGAUUCAAGAAUGUGAAGGUACCAACCAGCCUAAAAACUGA